UUAAUUAUACUACUGUUACAGUAGUACAACUAUCCUGCGAAAUACGGCUAGUAAUUUUUAAAUACGGUUAGCGAGAAUAUCGUUAGAUGAUUAUACGGUAGUACUGUAUAUCUAUGUAUAAUCAUCUAACGAUAUUUUCGCUUAAAAAUUUUAUUCUUCAGUGUUCCCGGUAAAAUUUUACUGUGCUAUCGGCUGGCAACGUACCCUACUGUAAGCUGUCAAAUUUCCCCUCCCUUCGUCGAGAUAACGUUUCAACCUACUACAAGCUUUUUUCUCUAGAGUAAUCAUUAUUCUACAUGUUUUAUAAAUAAGUGAAAGUGUUUUCCGCAAGGGCGGAACAUCGUUUUUGCAGGGCGGUUCAUUUUGACGUAGAAGUAUAGAUUAGACGGUUUUUUCGAUUGGUCGUACGUACGCAUACAAUCACUGCGCUAUGCAAUUAAGCUGAAUUAUCCACAUCACAGUCAUAACUGCCUGUAUAUAAGCCGAAAUAUAGAGCAAAAUGCGUACGUCUGCAUGCCAGUAUUCUUAACAAAAAAUAUUGUAUCGAGCAAAGUUAUCAUUUUCUAAAAAUUUUGGAGCGUUAUCACGACGCGAUGUUGGCCUCUUCCGUGGUCUUCGUUGUCACCGUCGGAAUUGUGUGCGCGCAGACAGCGUCGUACACUCCCGCGUCCAAUCAGCAGACUAGCACCGCGUCCAGCCAAUCGAACCAACAGACAACGACAACAGGUUCAUCCAACCAGCAGACCACCACAACCGCUUCGUCUGGAGGACAGACAACGACAUCCGCUGCAUCCGGCUCGCAGACCACAACGGGCGGCAGCUCCACCACCAACCAGACGUGUGUCCCGAGUCUGCCGGUGGGAUACGCUUUCGAUACUCCUGCUCAAAAUGGCAUCUGGUACCAGUACAUGUAUGGACCGGCCGGUCCCAACCUGCACGAUCUAGUCAACUGCAUGGAACUGGAUCGCGGUGUCGGCUGGGUAUACGAUUCCAACGACGGCGCCUACAUGCAGGCCACCGCCGCCGUGUGCCGCUUUGACGCCGCACCGCACAACUGCUGGGGCGGUUACGUCAUGCAGAAUACCACCUGCAACGGCUUCUGCUAUGGUCUGACCCGGUUGGACCCCGCCCUGGGCGCCCCUCCUGGACAAUCCAAGCACUGGUUCUACAAGUUGUACUUGGACCCUAAUUUCUUCUAUCUGCGGGCCGGCUGUUUUGACCCGGACAACUUCCUGGACGGCAGUAUCUGCAAACAACCCGGUAUGUCGGUGUGGACCCGCAAGAUGCCGAAGGACAUUACCCCGUUGGAGGACGCCAUCAUCCGUGACGCUAUCGAUGACCGCUUCCAGUUUAUGUGCGUAACAUCCAAAGAUAUGAUUUACAAUACAUGGAUUUAUGACCUCCCGGCUUGUGACUUCCCGGGACGGCCACAGGCGUAUCUGGAGGAUCAGCGCUGGGCCGAGGAGAAUCUCGUUGGUAAAUGUGCCAGUAAACAGGGCACUUCGUGCGCCCCGGCAUCAUUUUAUUGAUCGUUUCCAGAUUGUAAUUUGCUCAUUGUAUACUUCUAUGUGAAGAACUAAUCCCGUUUUUGCGGUUGAAAAUGCCAACCGGUGCAAGCUUGAACUGGGGCGACCUUUUGCGCACACCGCCCCAUUCAGGCGAAUAACGUAUAGCUCAAUACAUGUAAAGCGCCGGCGUUGUUGUUGCAUUCUGAAUUGAUUCUGAUGGCCAUUGCGAGUAUAAAUACGAUGAAAUGUA